AAUAACUAAUACAGCUCUGAAAGUGUUUAUCUAAUAACAAACAAUUAUACAUAUUUAUUAAUUGUAGUUAUUAUUAUUUUUUUAACAUUCUUAUUAUGAUUAACAAAGCGUUUCACAGACAGCCGCUUGCUGUUUCUACCCGGUACCCAUUCACUGUAACCACGCUGGUACCAUGCUGUUGAUGUUUGAGACUGGCGUGAGCUUCUUAAUAUAUUUAGACAAAUAAAGUGUGUCAGUUCUCACGCGUUCUGAUUAAUAGAUAUUCUUCAAAUAUCCUGUGAAGAUAAUCUGUUUAAACUGCCUAAGCUUUAUGUAUAAAUAAUUCACCAUGAAGAUAAAGCGUCAGAAACAGGCGAAGAAGACCAUCAGUUUUUACAAGUACAACUUUUGCUUUAGAGAACCUUUCCAAAUAUUAAUUGAUGGGACGUUUUGUCAGGCGGCGUUAAAGAAUAAGAUUCAAAUCAAAGAGCAGCUGCCGAAGUAUCUCAUGGGAGAAGUUCAGCUCUGUACCACGAACUGCGCACUGAAGGAACUUGAAGCUCUUGCAAAAGACCUCUAUGGAGCAAAACUCAUCUUGCAAAGGUUUCAGAUCAGAAAAUGCAAGCACGUUAAAGAUCCAGUACCUGCAUCGGAGUGUUUGCUGUCAAUGCUUGGGGAGACAAAUCCACACCACUACUUCAUUGCAACUCAGGAUUAUGAGUUGACGACAGCCCUGAAGAAGAUCCCUGGGGUUCCUCUGCUGUACAUUAUCCUCAACACCAUGGUGUUAGACAAGCCCUCUGAACGUUCGCUGAAGCACGUUGAAGCGGUUCAGCUGGGUGAGUUGGUGAGCCCAUCACAACAGUCAAGUAUCCAAACUCUGAAAGAGAAGGAGGGCCUCAGCAAAGACAGUAAUGAUAAGAGAGGCAAAAAACGGAAGAGGAAAUCUAGCAAUCCCAACCCACUUAGCUGCCUGAAGAAAAAGAAGAAACCAAUGCCUCAGCAGCCCAAAAAGACAGACGGAGAGAAAAAGAAGCGGAGUAGACAUAGGAAGCGAAGGCCUGCUGGGGGAGAGGAAGCAGCAGUCAGCUCCAGUCCAACAACUGCCUAGAGACAAGCCUCGCUUCUACAAGAGUACCAUUUAUUUUGUUUGUUCUUCAGCAUUUUUUAUUGGAAAGUUUGUCCUUUUUCCAGACCAUGCAUUUGUGCCAGCAAACCACUUGUUUUGUUUAAUAAACAAGUUUCUUUUAUCAUCAA